GCCGAGCCUCCCGCGCAGGGAGGGGAGGGCGGGGCAGGGACGCUAGCACGUCGGUGCCGCCGCCGGCCUCCAGGCGGGAUUGAGGAGGAGAAAACCAGAAGUGGAAGAAAAUGAAGUAUUUUUGUGUUCAUGCUUUGCAUACACCAAAACUGAAACAAAUUUUAGAAUCCAAGAAGAUUUGAAAAACGUACAAGUAUGCGUAUUCUUCUAAUUGAAGCUUUUUAUGGUGGUUCCCACAAGCAGCUGGCGGAUCUUCUACAAGAGGAGAUAGAAGAAUGUGUCCUUUACACACUCCCAGCAAAGAAGUGGCACUGGAGAGCACGGACUGCUGCUCUAUAUUUCAUGCAAACAGUGCCAGCUAAUGCUAAUUACAGGAUCCUCUUUGCAAGCUCAGUGCUUAACCUGACUGAACUUAUUGCCCUUCGGCCUGACCUUGGCAAAUUGAAAAAGGUCCUUUACUUCCAUGAGAACCAGUUGGCAUAUCCUGUACAGAAGUGCCAGGAAAGAGAUUUCCAAUAUGGAUACAACCAGAUUCUUUCAUGUUUGGUUGCUGAUAUUGUGGUGUUCAACUCUGCUUUUAAUAUGGAGUCAUUUCUUACAUCUAUCGGAAAAUUUCUGAAGCUGAUUCCUGACCACAGGCCUAAGGAUCUGGAAAAAAUAAUCAGACCAAAGUGCCAAGUUCUUUACUUUCCAGUCAGGUUUCCUGAUGUGAGCAGAUUCAUGCCGGAGCACAAACUGGCCCAUUUGGAGAAGAUAACUGGUGUUAAAGGAAAUGGAGAUACUUAUCUAUUUAGGGGUCUGCCUUUCCAACAGAAGUAUAGAGCCACUGGGAGUUUAAUGAAAAACAGCAGCUCAAGUCCUGAGUCUGGACUUUGUGAAGCACAGUCUGGACUUUGUACCACACAACAAGAAAGACUACAAUAUCCAUUAACAUCACCAGAGAAACUGAACAAGUCUAAAGCAUCAGAAAGUACAAAUCAAGAAGUGCCUUGUCAAGAAGAUAAGCAACAUGUGACUUUUAACCCUUGUAAUCUCUUGAGUGGAAUGGACUAUCAGCAAAGACCUUUGCACAUUGUCUGGCCUCACAGGUGGGAACAUGACAAAGACCCUGAGAGUUUCUUUAAAGUAUUACUGAAACUUAAGGAGAUGGACCUACCUUUUCAUGUGUCUGUCCUUGGAGAGACCUUCACUGAUGUCCCAGCUCUAAUCAGCACAUCUAAGAAGAUGCUCAACACCUCCCAGAACCAGGACCUUGUUUUCUGUUGGUUAAGGCAGGAUUCUGUAUUUGCCUUUGUUAUAACUGAUAUAUUUUCAGAGGCCAAAAAGGCAUUGGAAUCUUCUGUCUUGCACUGGGGCUACUUACCUAGCAAAGAUGACUAUUUCCAAGCUCUGUGCAUGGCUGAUGUUGUGAUCUCAACAGCUAAACAUGAAUUCUUUGGAGUGGCAAUGAUAGAAGCUGUAUAUUGUGGUUGCUAUCCACUAUGUCCUAACGCUUUGGUGUAUCCAGAAAUAUUUCCAGCUGAAUAUCUGUAUUCUACACCUGAACAGCUUUUUAAAAGGCUUCAGAAUUUCUGCAAGAGACCAGAUAUUGUAAGGAAACAUCUCUAUAAGUCUUCAAGAAGUCAAGGUGAAUGACAUCAGACUCAUUUGGAUAUGGUAUUCUUCAUUGCCUACCAGAAGCUAAUGUGCAGUAUUGCUGUUAAAGAUGGUGGCACUUAAGCAGAAGGCAAAGUGAUUCCUGCGUAUGUAGAGUGUUAAGAUAUUUGGAAUGAAAGAUACCAGAUAUGAGGUAUUCUUCUCACUUAUUAACAUCAUAUCCACUAUUCUUGGUUAUAAAAAUAAUACUGGACCAUAUCCUGUUAUGUGCAGUUGUUGUACAGUAAUUAAGGGGUUAGCAGCAUUGGGUGGUAUUGAGGGAGUAAGCAUGGAUCCCAUUCCACCUAAUAUAUGUUAAGUGCGGUGCCCACGGUCAGCUUUCUUUAACAUAAGUGUCAGACUUUUGUGUGAUUUUAUUAUAAAGAAAACUGCCAAAAAUUCACUUUGAGCCGUUACACUGACUUUUACAGUGCGACCCCUCUUCUGUAGCUGCAUAACUUACCAAACCUUCGGGAUGGAUGUCAAUUCUUGAAUGGCAAAACACCACUUCUAGCUAACUGUGUCCUUAUAUUACCCCAUUGCUGCAUACAAAUGCUAACAAAUUCAUCCUCACAGCACUCCUAUAUGGUAGGGAAGGAUUAUUAACACCACUUUACAGACAGGAAACUGAGAUGCAGAGCGACUAACAGCCUGAUUCUGAUACCCUCUGUGGGACUUCUUUAGGGGUAAGGUGCUACUCACAGGGAGAGAGGGUGUCAGAAUGCAGUCUAAGUGACUUGCCCAAGGUCCCAGGGAGUCUGUGCCAUAGCUCUGAAUUCAAUCCGGCUCUCUUGAGCCCUAGUGCAGUGCUUUAACCAUGAGGCCACCCUGCAUAAAUUGCAUGGAUAACACAAUUUACUAUGCCCUUUCCUGUGUACACUGAGCACAAAUUUGAAAUGCUUGUGCAAAUGACAUCCAACAUCAAUGCAUAAUUCCCUCUCUCUUGGUGCUAGAGACCUCAAUGAGUUAAAACUGGAGGAGCUGCUCAGGAAGGGGUCAGUUAAUAAUCUAUAUCUAAAUCCCAGUCCCAGAUUUUCUUUUUGAAACAUGCUGCACAACUAACACUUUGACAUUUUGGCAAUAUGAUGGGGAAAAAAGCUGUGCCAGCUGACUGAUGAGCACCCAUCCUUUUUAAUUAAUUGGGUUGAAAAAUGUCUUGUGUCAGUUUGAAUUUAGGAGCUCAUUCAGCUGUGUUUUUGUAGGAUAAAUAUAUAUAGAUAGAUUUAACUGUAUAUUUGAACAACCCAGCAUGAAACUCAAUAAAUGAUAAAAAUAUGUUUGUAUUAAAAUAUAUAUACAUAACAUUUCUCACAUAUAUAUGGUCAUUAAAGAUAUAUAAAGUAUUAUAUAAAGUAUAACAUAGAAUGCUCUGUUGAACCAUUCUUAUGAUUUAUAAACUCAUAGGCUAUAACACACACACACACACACACAUACACACACACACACGGCUGUACAGAUGUGCUUUCUAGUUUUUAACAGAGUAAUAUAUUUGGAUUGUUCUUUAAAUUCAAUGAAUUUAUUUGUCUGCCUUCUCGUAAUAGAAUCAGUUUUGAUAUACCCUUUGUUCGUGCCGUUAUAGGCUUCAGUCUAAGGGUUCUUUGUAUUAACUUUUUAAAGUUACAUUACAAAGAGGUUUUAAGAUUUCCCAACAGGCUUUUAUUUAACCAGGGCUUUUGAUCUCAAACCUGCUGGGGCCUAGUGAAAUCCUUACCAAUUCUGCAGUAACUCCUCACUAUUGGAAUUUGAAAAGACCCACCUGAAGGAUUUAACUCGCUGUAUGGCUUCAGCCAUCCUUUAGAUUGUUCUAUUCAUGCAGACAGUGAGGGGGUCUAGGGCACCCUUUGUAAUCCUCUAAGUAGCCUAAGGUGCCCUUUGCAUAAGUUGUACUCCUGAGGAAAUAAAAAUCAGGAGGACACAAACCUAUAUACCUUAUUUCCUGCUAUCUUUACUUAAAGAAAGAGCACAGGGGGUCUGUUUAACAUCCUUUGCUACCUAAAUACCUUUUGGACAUGGUAACUCAAUGAAAGAACUUUCAUUGCAUCCAUUACCCUACUGCGGUGCAUAGCAAAUUAGAUUUAAAAGGGUACUUUUUCCCUUACAGCUAUUUCUAUCAUUUUCUCUAAAAUUUCUAUUUAGUGUCUCGUGACAGAAUAUUCCAUAAUGUACUUUAGAGCUGUAUAACACCAAUUAUGCUAACUGUGAACAUUAUUUCAAAAGAAUUAGAGAUAUAUUAAGUUAUAGACAAACCAUUGGGAAAAAGGUCAGGUUAGAAGUAGGGGGGAAAAAGAAGCUAUGUGAUAAUGCUUAAAGCAGUGACAUGAAGUGAAUGCUCUUUUUUAAAAAAAUCCCUACAUUUUGCAUAAUGCACACUGAGGACAUUUCUCUUCUUACUUUGUCUUCAUUAUUUAGGAGGGAGUAUCCAUGUUGCCUUGUUGUUUUACAUCUAAAGUGUCUCUGUGUAAGACCCACUGUGGAGUCAAACAGUUGUGCAGAAACAUUAUUUCCUCUAGCUUUGAGAAACAGCAUAACAUAAAUACAUGAAAGGCUCCUGUCUUUUUUUUAUCUAUAGUUUGUUACCUGAUAGUCAGUAUGCAGGCAAAAGACCAGUUAACAGAACAAUCGUGAAAAAGUAUAAUAAACCAUCAGCUACAUUGUUCUUACACUGCAUUUUUGGGUACCUAUUUUUAUUAAUUUCUCGAAUGAACACUAUACGACUGUUACUAGUAUUCUGCAUCAGUCUCCCAAGGUAUUAUAGAACAGAUGAAGCAUUCCUCUAUUUAAAUCUUUAUCUUUUACAUUUCAGCUUGCUGUUUAUGUAAAAUCUCUCCAAAUGAUGAUGCAAUAAAAACUAUACCUAC